AUGGCCACCUGGUCAUUGGCUUCGUUCCAUCUUACCGAGGGAUCUGGAAGAGGGUGCGUGCAAGCAUCUGAUCCAACCUUGGGUGUGAAUCACCACGGUCGAAAGGCAGCCCCAGCUAUUACAUCAAGAUCCCACAACCCGAUGCACCAAAAGCCCGUCGUAUGGUAUCUCGCCCUUUUGAAGCUUGCUUCUUCCCAGUCGUCUCGUACGUCAAGCCAUUUGCCUCCGCAAUCAGUCCUACAUGUUGUUCGCGUUGCUGAAAUAAAUUCAUCGGGAGUCAAGCGUGAACGAACAGUCCGUAUAUGCUAG